CGCCCGGAGAGCCGCCACCAGGGAAGGGAACCCAGUUUCCGAGGAACUUUUCGCGGGCGUCGGGCCCCACCGAGGCCGGGGCGGGAAGCGGACACUCAGAGCGGCAGCGGCGGGCCCGGCGGACCUCCCGGAGGAGGCGACUACGCCAUGGAAGAGCCGCCCUUCAGCGAGGCGGCCUUGGAGCAGGCGCUGGCCGAGCCAUGCGAGCUGGACGCGGCGCUGCUGACCGACAUCGAAGACAUGCUCCAGCUCAUCAACAACCAGGACAGCGACUUCCCAGGCCUGUUCGACCCCCCCUAUGCUGGAGGCGGCACAGGGGGCACAGACUCCGCCAGUCCCGACUCCAGCUCCCUGGGCAGCCUGUCCCCACCUCCUUCCACCAUGAGCUCCCCUCUUGAAGGCUUCCUGGUGGGGGCCCAGGCCACACCCCCGCCCUUGUCCCCUCCCCAGCCUGCACCCGCCCCACUGAAGAUGUACCCAUCCGGGCCUGCCUUCUCCCCUGGGCCUGGGGUCAAGGAGGAGCCACUACCACUGAGCAUCCUGCAGGCCUCCGCCCCACAGCCCCUGCCCGCGGCCCUCCUGCCCCAGAGCCUUCCAGCCCCAGCCCCACCGCAGUUCAGCUCUGCCCCUGUGCUGGGCUAUCCCAGCCCUCCUGGAGGCUUCUCCACAGGGACCCCUCCAGGGAAUACCUCGCAGCCGCUGCCUGGUCCACCGCUGGCUCCCCUUCCGGCGGUCCCGCCUGUCUCCUUGCAUACCCAGGUCCAGAGUGCGGCCCCCCAGCAGAUGUUGACAGCCACAGCCACGCCCAUGGCGGCUCCAGGAACCACCACGGUGACCUCACAGAUCCAGCAGGUCCCGGUCCUGCUGCAGCCUCACUUCAUCAAAGCAGACUCACUGCUCCUGACGACCAUGAAAGCAGACGUGGGAGCCUCCGUGAAGGCGGCAGGCAUCGGCUCCCUGGCCCCCGGCACAGCCAUGCAGGCAGCACCCCUGCAGACCCUCGUGAGCGGUGGAACCAUCCUGGCGACAGUGCCGCUGGUAGUGGAUACCGACAAGCUGCCCAUCAACCGCCUGGCCGCCGGAGGCAAGGCCCAGGGUUUGGCCCAGAGCCGUGGUGAGAAACGCACAGCGCACAAUGCAAUUGAGAAGCGCUACCGCUCUUCCAUCAACGACAAGAUCGCUGAGCUCAAGGACCUGGUGGUGGGCACAGAGGCCAAGCUGAAUAAAUCUGCUGUCUUGCGCAAGGCCAUCGACUACAUCCGCUUCCUGCAGCAGAGCAACCAGAAACUCAAGCAGGAGAACCUGAGUCUGCGCACUGCUGCCCACAAAAGCAAAUCUCUGAAGGACCUGGUGUCGGCAUGUGGCAGUGGAGGACACGCAGACGUGCCCAUGGAGGGCAUGAAGCCAGAGGUGGUGGACACUCUGAGCCCACCACCCUCAGACGCCGGCUCACCUUCCCAGAGCAGCCCCGUGUCCCUUGGCAGCAGGGGCAGUAGCAGUGGUGGCAGUAGCAGUGACUCAGAGCCUGACAGCCCAGUCAUUGAGGACAGCCAGCAGGUGAAGCCUGAGCAGCCGCCGUCCCCAUACAGCCAGGGCAUGCCGGACCGCUCCCGCCUGGCCCUGUGUGCCCUCGUCUUCCUCUGUCUCUCCUGCAACCCCUUGGCCUCCCUGCUGAGCAGCCGGGGACCCCCCGGCCCCUCCGAUGCCGCCAGCAUCUCCCAUGGUCCGAGGCGCAGCACGCUGGGCGCCGAGGGCAGAGAUGGCCCUGGCUGGGCCCUGUGGCUGCUGCCCCCGCUGGUUUGGCUGGUGAACGGGCUGCUGGUGGUGCUCUCCUUGGCACUUCUCUUUGUCUAUGGAGAGCCAGUCACGCGGCCCCACUCAGGCCCCUCUGUGCGCUUCUGGAGACACCGCAAGCAGGCAGACCUGGACCUGGCCCGGGGGGACUUUGCCCAGGCUGCCCAGCAGCUGUGGCUGGCCCUGCGGGCUCUCGGCCGGCCCCUGCCCACCUCCCACCUGGACCUGGCCUGCAGCCUGCUCUGGAGCCUCGUUCGCCACCUGCUGCAGCGUCUCUGGGUGGGCCGCUGGCUGGCCAGCCGGGCCGGGGGCCUGUGGAGAGAUGGGGCUCUGCAGGCGGAUGCCCGUCUGCACGCCGUGGGGAAGUACCCAGGCGGGCACCUCGCUGCCACCCACCUGGCGCUGAGUGCCCUGAACCUGGCAGAGUGUGCGGGGGACGCCGUGUCCGUGGCCACGCUGGCUGAAAUCUACGUGGCCGCCGCACUGAGGGUCAAGACCAGCCUCCCACGGGCCUUGCAUUUUCUGACUCGCCUCUUCCUGAGGAGUGCCCGCCAGGCCUGCCUGGCACAGAGGGGCUCGGUGCCGCUUGCCAUGCAGUGGCUCUGCCACCCCGUGGGCCACCGUUUCUUCGUGGACGGGGACUGGGCCAUGUGCAUUGCCCCACGGGACAGCCUGUACAGCGUGGCCGGGAACCCAGUGGACCCCCUGGCCCAGGUGACUCAGCUAUUUCGUGAACAUCUCUUGGAACGAGCACUGAAUUGUGUGGCCCAGCCCAGCCCUGGCCCUGGAUCGGCUGAUGGGGACAGGGAGUUCUCAGAUGCCCUCGGGUAUCUGCAGCUGUUGAACAGCUGCUCCGAUGCAGCUGAGGCCCCUUCCUGCAGCUUCUCCGUCAGCUCCAGCAUGCCCGCCACCACCACCGGCACAGACCCAGUGGCCAAGUGGUGGGCCUCACUGACAGCUGUGGUGACCCACUGGCUGCGGCGGGAUGCAGAGGCGGCCGAGCGGCUGUACCCGCUGGUGGAGCACCUGCCCCGCGCCCUGCAGGAGUCCGAGAGACCCCUGCCCAGGGCGGCUCUGCAUUCCUUCAAGGCUGCCCGGGCCCUCCUGGGCCGCGGGAAGGUGGAGUCUGGCCCAGCCAGCCUGGCCAUGUGUGAGAAGGCCAGUGGCUACCUGCAGGACAGCCUGGCUGCCACACCAGCCGGCAGCUCCAUUGACAAGGCCAUGCAGCUGCUCCUGUGUGACCUGCUCCUUGUGGCGCGCACCAGCCUGUGGCAGAGGCAGAAGCCACCUACACCUGCCCAGGCCUCGCAGGGCCCGGGCGGUGGGGCCCAGGCCUCUGCCCUUGAGCUGCAUGGCUUCCAGCGGGACCUGAGCAGCCUGAGGCGCCUGGCGCAGAGCUUCCGGCCUGCCAUGCGGAGGGUGUUCCUACACGAGGCCACGGCCCGACUGAUGGCAGGGGCCAGCCCCGCGCGGACACACCAGCUGCUGGACCGCAGUCUGAGGAGGAGGACGGGCCCCUGCAGCAAAGGAGGUGAGAAGGGCCGACCGCCUAGGCGGGGAGGGCCCCAGGCCACUUGAAGGCUGCAGACACUUGAAGGCUGUGUAAGACAGACGGGGACGGAGGGAUGGGAUGGCUCACCGGAGACCACUGACCUUAGUGGACACGCGACUGUGCGCUCGGGUCUCAGUCUGUGCUCUGCUGGGGGGCGGGAGGGGUCAGGCUGACGGGGGCGGGGCCGGG